UACUCCUGCUCCGGCGCAAUUGCUCCAACAAGCCGGGGGAGAGGUGAAGGAAACGCAGGAACUCAACGAUGGAGCGUUUUUAGGAGAUAACGACGAGCUCCCCCGUCGGAACUGAUUCAUCUACAUGACCAAAGAAAGAAGACCAGCAACGAGAAACCCAAGCGUAACAAUCAUGCAAUUUAAAUACAGACGAAUUUAAGCAACCGCUUCUUCUUCAAGGUUACACCUCUUGAAGACGCUCCAACACCCCCCCUUGUCGCAGAUCAGCUGGCGUACGUUGGUUGAUCGUCACCGGUACCGACCAUGUCCGUUUGUUUGUUGGAGGCCGCGCCGGAGUGGAUGCGGGCCGAGAUCGAGCGUCUCUCCCGGGAGCUGAGUGAGACCACGAACGAGAAGAUCCAGGCGGCGGAGUACGGACUGGCGGUGCUGGAGGAGAAGCAGCAGCUUAAACAGCAGUACGAUGACCUGGAGAUCGAGUACGAGGCUGUCAGGCAGGAGGUCGACCAGCUGAAAGAGGCCUUUGGACAGGCCUACUCCAACCACAGGAAGGUGGCAGCGGACGGGGAGAGUCGUGAGGAGUCUCUUAUCCAGGAGUCGGCAUGUAAGGAGGCCUACUGAGCAAGGGUCCUGGAGCUGCAGACCGAGCUCCGCCUGGCGCGCAACAUCCUCACCAAUACCCAGUCUGAGAAUGAACGCCUCAACACCAUCUCUCAGGAGAUGAGAGAGAGCAGCCAGGUGGUGGAGCUUCAGAGGAAUCAGCUGCGUGAUGACAUCAAGGAGUACAAGUUCCGGGAGGCUCGUCUGCUGCAGGACUACACCGAGCUGGAGGAGGAGAACAUCUCGCUGCAGAAGCAGGUCUCCGUGCUCAAACAGAGCCAGGUGGAGUUUGAGGGUUUGAAGCACGAGAUCCGUCGUCUAGAGGAAGACACUCAGUUCCUUAACAGCCAGCUGGAGGAUGCCAUCCGACUGAAAGAAAUUGCUGAGCGUCAGCUGGGUGAGGCCCUGGAGACCAUCAAGACUGAGCGUGAGCUGAAAGCGUCCCUGAGGAAAGAGCUCUCCCACUACAUGAACAUUGGAGACACUCUUUGUCACAGCCCUCUGAGCAUUUCUCUGGAUGGUCUCAAGUUCAGCGACGAUGCCGCCACUGAACCCAACAACGACGACGCCCUCCACGGAUACGAGAACGGCUUCACCAAACUGGCCAAUACCAUCACCUACGACAACCGCAUCUCCGCGCCCAAAAAGGAAGAGCUGUUCCAUCCUGCGCCCAUCCUCGUGGAUGACCUGCUGAGCGAACUCAACAUCUCAGAGAUCCAGAAGCUCAAACAGCAAUUGAUGCAGAUGGAGCGUGAGAAGGUCAACCUGCUGUCCACCCUGCAGGACUCCCAGAAACAGCUAGAGCAGGCUAACGGUGCUCUCUCCGAGCAUCAGGAGAAGGUCAACCGCCUCACGGAGAACCUCAACGCCAUACGCAAGCUCCAGGCCAGCAAGGAGCGCCAGUCUGCCUUGGACAAUGAGAAAGAACGCGAUAGCCAUGAAGAUGGAGACUACUACGAGGUGGACAUCAAUGGACCUGAGAUUCUGGAGUGCAAGUACAAGGUUGCUGUUUCUGAAGCAGGAGAGCUGAAGGAGGAACUGAAGACUCUGAAGACAGAAUACCAGGCCUGUCAGUCACGUUACGAAGAGGAGCGCACCCGUCUGGAGAACGAUGUCACAACGCUGGGAGGCAAGCUGGCAACUCUGGAGAAGACCAGUCAGUCAGAGAGAGAAGAGAAAGCUAAGCUAGAGAAGGAGCUGCGCAAGCUGAGCGAUGUGGCUGGCGAAUCCCAGGGUAGUCUAAGUGUGGCCCAGGACGAGCUGGUCACCUUCAGCGAAGAACUGGCCACCCUCUACAACCACGUCUGCAUGUGCAACAACGAGACACCCAACCGCGUCAUGCUCGACUUUUACAAGCAGGGUAAGGGUGGUCGGAGCAGCCCGGAGGGCCGUGGCCGACGCUCUCCCAUAUUGCUCACCAAAGGCCUCUUCCCCGAGCCUGGUAAGACCGACCUAAGCGACGGAGCCCCUUCACCGGUCUCCUCACUGCCUUCUCCUGUGUCUGACCACCGCCGCGAGCCGAUGAACAUCUACAAUCUGGUGGCCAUCAUCAGAGACCAGAUCAAGCACCUGCAGCUGGCUGUGGACCGCACCACAGAGCUGUCGCGCCAGAGGGUGGCCUCUCUGGAGCUCGGCACUGUGGCGGACAAGGACAAGGACGCCUGCAUGGAGGAGAUCCUCAAACUGAAAUCCCUGCUCAGCACCAAGAGGGAACAGAUUGCAACCCUGAGGACUGUCCUCAAGGCCAACAAGCAGACAGCUGAAGUUGCUCUGGCCAAUCUGAAGAGCAAGUAUGAGAACGAAAAGGCCAUGGUAACCGAGACCAUGAUGAAACUGAGGAAUGAGCUCAAAGCCCUGAAGGAGGACGCGGCCACCUUUUCCUCUCUCCGAGCUAUGUUCGCCACACGUUGCGACGAGUAUGUCACUCAGCUAGAUUUGAUGCAGAGGCAGCUGGCUGCAGCAGAGGAUGAGAAGAAGACCCUCAACUCCCUGCUGCGAAUGGCAAUCCAGCAGAAACUAGCCCUGACUCAGCGUCUGGAAGACCUGGAGUUUGACCACGAGCAGACCCGCCGGGGAGGCAGCACCGGUCGGGCUAAGGCCCGCAGCAAGGCCACCAGCGGCACCUCUGUAAACCCCCACGUAAGUCCGAGUCUCACCUGCUCUGGCUCCGGCCGACCAGAGCUCAACAAUGCUGUGCCCAACGGCAUUCUGGGCGGCCCUUCAGUCUUUUGCAGCGAGAAGUACAAGAUCUACUGUGACUGAGGCGGCUGAGAAGUCUGCAAGGGACUGCUGUGUACAGAGGGGAGGGGGCCUGAUGGGCCAAAACCUCCCUGCCUUAGUGUUAAAGAGCCCCACUCGCUCGCUUAGCUCCCUGGCCAGCCUGCGCUCCUCUAGGGACUGCUGUGUGACUAACCGGCUGCUCGUGUGUGCUAGUGUAAAUGCUUAGGGGAAUGCGGAUGUACAGUGUGCACUAGACGUUUGGACUGUAGUAGACAUAUAUGGCAUGUGGAUUAUAGGGCCCCGGUCAUAUUGGGGCAUUGUGGGUAUAAUGGAGUGUCUAUUCUUUCCGCUGUCACGGUGCUGUACGUAUAAUGUAAGUGGUGGCACUGACAGCUUUUGUGCUUGUUUUUUUCUGCCCCCCUGAGUGUAUUGCCUGGUAACAGUAACAUAUUGUGGGGUUGGGGACUUGUAAAGAUGUCAACCUGACGGUGUUUUGUCUGUCGGCAUGGGUGCUCCUUUAAUAAAAGCCCCCUUUUCUCUCCUGCCUCUCUGUCCUGGCCCCCCCAGGACAGAAUUGUGUCCAGCAGCCCACUGUCUAAAUCAGGUCACUUUUAAAGAAAAAGGAACUUUUUGAAGAGAAAGGAACUAAAAAUAUGCAAUCUCCCUCUGCUUUCUUGCUAGGGGAGCACAGUAUGAUUCUACACAGGAAUUCAAAAAAUCAUAAGUGGGUUGGCUACUGGUUUUAUUAUAGAAUUGUUUGGGCAGAAAAGGAGCACCUGUGACCACAGGUGUUUAUUUCAGGGUCAUUUUGAAGCUGUGAUGCUAGCACACCAAUACAAAAGGGUCAGUAGAAUCGCAUGGCUUGCAGCUAAAAACGCUUAUGAGCUUUUUGAACAGUUUUUCUGUUGUCAGAUGUGUGAUACAAAGCAAAAGCGUGUACUACAGGGCUCUACGCUGUAAAAAAAAAGAGGAGUUAUUUGUUGUCUGGUGAAAUACAGGAGGGCUGUUCCAUGUGACCCAUAUUGUUGCGAUGGAUUGUUUCUGAGCCAUAUUAUAAGAGAGAAAGAACGUUUGACAAAUCGAUCUCCACACCCAAAUUAAGUGCACUUCCGCAUAGGUGCCUCAGGUUCCUACUUCUAUUAAAGUGGACAUAAUGAUUACUGUGAGCAGAGAUACAAUAUAUAGUUUUGAUCAAAGACCAUUUUUUAAAUACGGAGGAAAUCCUAGAAGAGCACAAAUCAAAAAGGCACCCACGUGCACACAGUAAAUCUGCAAACAAAACCAACCGACCACUCGGCAAAAGUGCCUGUUGACCCAAACGACGGUAUAUUUAUCUGUUGAUGUAAAGCCCCGUCCUUGAACUGUUCUUUUUCUCUCCCCCAUUCUCUAUUUUUGGGUGAACGCUCAGAGCUCUCAAAUAAUUUCUGUGUGGUUAACGUGGCUUAAAACCCUUUCCUAAUUUCUCUAAUCUGUCUUGUCGCUCGGUCGCCACGACGACCGUCUCUCUUUUAGAUUGUCAGCAGCCUGCUCCCCCAGCAUCACCACUCACCCUUUAACUAGAAUAAGGAAUUGUGGGGAAAGUUGCCCUGAAUAUUUUCAUCAGGUAACGUCCUUGCAUACGUUGUGUUCCCGAUAUUUGUGUGUGUGUGUGUGUCUGUGUGUGUGUGUGUGUGUGUCAGCGUUUACGCAAAGGGCCCUCAUGUGUGUAUUAUGUUUUUAACCUUUGCAAAUGGAGGGUGACUGGUUUGCGAGGACAGCGACGUACUGUUUUUGUAUCCACAAUAGCUUUAACCCCUUGCAAGCUAGCAUUACGCAAAUAGGAAAAAAAAAUAGUGGGGAUUGUGUUUAUUAAAUCCAUGUAUCGCUUGUGGAUCAUAGACACAAUAGUUUUGUGAUGCUAAAAGCAGGGUUGAUGUGAGAAAAUCCUGCAAGAUUCAUCAAAUUAUGCAUUUUCUACUACCACUAUGCUAUAUAUUAAAAUCUAUAUUCUUAAAAUGAUCAUGUUCAGGUUAUAAUCUUGCAGGAUUCUACAGUAUUCCUUACUCUUAAAUAUGAAGCGAGGGAGCCUAAUUAUUCCUCUGAAAAUGGAACAAAGUCAGCGGUCAACCCUGCUUGAGUGUGCAUCCAUAAGCCGCAGCUCACAGCAUGGAGACACGGCUAUCGUACACACCUCCUUAGAGGUCAAUCACUCUUAAGUUUGAGAUUCACUUAACUUACAAGUGUGACGUAUUCUUUCUAUCAGUUUGCGCUGACGCAGAAAAGGUUUAGAGAGUAGCGGAGGGAGAACUACUCAUGUUGUAAACCAGCUCCUGAGAGAGGAGAUAAGAAAGCCAAACAUGCUGGUGAUGAAAGCCAGCUGUCAGGCUGAGAGCCGACCAAUAAAUGAGUCCAGGGGUUUCCUGAAGGAGAAACUCCUGGUCAUUUUUGGAGGAAAGAUAAAGAAACUGAAGACUGGUUGCUCGAUCAACCAGAGGACAUUGAUUCAAAUUCGUUAAGCCCCUAACCCUUCUCCUUGUAUAGGCUCUGUGGAAUCACUGAGCAGUAGAUAGACCCCAGGACGUGAUUGUGACUAGAACCCCCUCUCCUUAUGUAGAUGAAUUCCCACUUUGCUCGGUCUGGUUUGAAAUCAAUGUCUGGCUUAUCUGGUGUCAUAACAGCAUGCCACCUGACGAGCUCCUCCUACCUCUACUUGCAGGCUCCUCCCACAUCACCUUAAGUUGUACCACACGAUGCAUCCAGUUUCUGAUUUUAUAGCAAGCCUGCAUGUCAACAACAUAACCCAUUUUUCAUUAACUUGCAUGGCAUAUGAGAAAGACCAAUUUCCUUUGACCUGGGUGGUCGGGGUAUGGCUUCAACUCUGUGCUGUGAAUCAAAGAUUCUGGAACUUGUGAGUCAUUGGCUUCCUAACUGCAGCUGCAGGAGAAUUUGUGGCGAAUGCGCUUUUUUAUAUCAGUGAGAUUGGCUGCCUCAAGGCUCCUAACAUGGCUUCUGCUGCUUUGACUAACUACAGCCGCCGUCUGCUUUGUCUGUGUGGACUCAGCUGCCAUAUUAACGGUCAGUUGACAAAUAAUGCCGGACUAUGCAGCCCGGCAUUAUUGCCCAGUGAGCCGCCGGACUAUGGCUGCCCGCUUGGCAAGUGAAGAACAAUUAUAUUAUGUGUUUAAUGCUAACGCUGAUCAUUUGUUUGUUUCUUCAUUUUUCAGUAAUGACGAAGUAUCAGCACAAGGUCCAUUCUCACUGCCGAUUGAGUUCGCCGAAACGAGUUGGCACUAAAAUUCGGACUUGAGAAAAAUUGCUAAAAGAAAACACUGAUUUUCAGUCUAACAAACAGCCCUACUUCCUUCUUAUUGCUUUUAAAAUUUGAUGGCUAUUGGAAUGAAAUGUUUGCGUGCUGCUGCUGGAAGCCAAUUUCUCACGGGUCUAAUAAACUGAAAUUCUGACAAGAGUUUGUGAUUGGCUAAUCGAAACCUCCAACGAGAAGCCAGGGGACAUGGGGUUGUUUCUCAAUGUAAAUCAACGAGCAGUUUGGUCUGUUUUUUUAUCUUUUGUUUUAUUUUAGUUUAUUGUUUUUUUGUUAUCUGUGCACUUUCAUUAUAUAGAAUUAUAACAGACUAUAAUUAACCUAUAGGAAAAUGUGGUAGUACUAUGGUUUGUGAGUUAUUCAGUAUAGGUUAUUAUGAGACUAUAGGAUUAUACGUCCUCCUGCAUCAUCCAAACUUAAAUACUGUAACAGAAACUAUUUACUCUAGUAAAAGCUCCACAAACCACAGACCUACUAUUAUGAUUUCAUCCUCAAGAUUUUAUCCAUCAAAUAAUCCUGUUUUUAAAUUGUUUUGUUACAUCAUAUUUUAUGCUGUUUGUUUUUAUUUUUGUGUUUGUUCUACUGCCAUGUUCAUACAAAAAAAAUCCAGGGUGAUCAAAUUCUGGUUUUUUUUAAUGUAUUUAUUAUUCCUAGGAAUAGUUCAAAAUAACACAAUGAAACUUGACAACGCUCUGACUCGAAUAGGUAAGUUGUGUUUUUGGGAAACAUUUGAGUGGUAUUAUAUGCUUUUCCUAACUUCUUACCGAGGGCGUUCCACUGAAACGGGAUCACUGACUUUCAGAAUUCUCUGCAAGUGCGACAAUUAAAUUCCAAAUUGGAAUUGUUUCAUUCUCUCUUUGUUUAUCGUGCCAAAUCUUGGUGCACCGUUUAGGUUGAAAAGAAUCAAGACUCUGAAAGAAGACAAACCGUCACUGAGAAAGACGUCGUCGGGGCCAUGGCUCUCCGAGCGAGGGCCGGGGUUUUGUUUUGGGUUUGUUUAGUUCUUUGUUUCUGACCAGUAGUGCCUUCAUUGUUUCAAGGGAGAAUCUUAGACUAGUAUUUUAUGUUUGCUAUUUUUUAUAUAGGCGAGGACUUUGGGUUCAAAAUGACUGUGAGCGGCAAUAAGUGCAAAGGGAAUUUUCCCGUUUGCUUGAGUGACAUGAUCGUUUUAAAAUUAGCUCAAUAAAACUGAAAUUGUAUUGAAUUCUGCAGGUCAUUGAUCCCACUCAAUAAAUUCAGGGGUAUUAAGAAAAGGUUUUUUUUUUUUUUUUUAUCAAACUUUGGGAACCAAAUGAUAUCCCUUUGGCUAUUGAACAAAAUGCUCCAAGCAUCUGUAAUGUGUUGGAGUAGAUUGGUGUACUAUUGGAAACAUCUCCGCAUCUCUAGCUUUGUUUGGUGAAGGUAAUGUGAUAUCAAUAGUAUUGUUGAAAAAAAUGUGCAGAGAGCGCAUUUUCUUUCUUUUUGUCCAGUUUGAGUUUUUGUUGUGUUUUUUUUUUAUUCUUGAAUCUUUUUUUUCUUUUUUUUAUAUCUUUGAACAUUAUGUUUUCAGGAAACAGAAAACAAAAUAAGCAUCAACAAGCUUGACUAGUGCCAUUAUAGCCAAUGCUUGUUUGUUGAGGCGUUAAAGUUACCAAUAUGGACGAAAAAGCUAGGAAAUAAAAGUGCAAUUCAGAUAGUUUUACAUUUAAAAAAAGGAAUAAAGUUUUCUGUUUGCUGGAAGCGAUAGCAUUGUGAUAAUAAAAUUAGCUGUGCAAACUUUAUAUUGUCCUAUUGUGUUUCAGUAUUGAUCCAUAAUGAGAGUUUGAUAUCUUUAUAUGAAAUAACGACUUCACCUGUAUGUUGGUAUUUAUUUGAAUUGUCAUGCAGUACUGUAUUCUUAUCAAUAAUGUGCAUUACGAUUAGUGACAUAUUGAUUACAGCUAAAUGUCAUAUGCAUGUUUUUCAGUCAUGGAACCUUUACACAGAAUUGAAAAUAAACAUGUAAACUUUUGUCAGGGUGUUAAAAUUGAGGGGAAAACAAAUUAACUUGAGUCUGAUGUAUUACUGCUGAACUAAUCCUAUGAAAGUGUUGAUGUUUUUCAGUAGAGAGGGGGGGAUGUCUGUGUAAAGGUAGUCAUACUGGCUAAAAUCAAUAAAUGUGACUUAAGUU